AUUAAUUUGUUUCCACCUUUGCUUUCUAUCCCUCUCUCUCUCACUCUCUCUGCACACCGAUCACCAUGGAAGCUGUUGGAGAGGCUCUUCUUUCCUCUUUCGUUCAACUCUUGGUUAGCAAACUGAAGUUCCCCUCUGAUUUGUUGAAGUAUGCCCGCCAAGAGCAAGUCCACUGGGAGCUCAAGAAAUGGGAGGAAACACUGACGGAGAUGCUUGGACUGCUCGAUGUCGCUGAGCACAAGCAGAUCAACGAUCCGUCCGUGAAAGCAUGGCUCGAACGUCUCCGGGAUUUGGCUUAUGACAUGGAGGACAUCUUGGACGAGUUUGGCUACGAGGCUUUGCGAAGAAAGGUGAUGGCGGAAGCUGAUGGUGAAGCCAGCACAAGCAAGGUACGCAAGCUCAUCCCUACUUGUUGUACUACUUUCACUCCCGUUAAGGCCACCAUGCGUAAUGUUAAGAUGGGGUCCAAGAUAACGGAGAUCACUCGCCGAUUAGAAGAUAUUUCAGCUCAAAAGGCAGGGCUUGGUUUCAAGUGUUUGGACAAGGUGGAAAUAAUAACCCAAUCCAGUUGGGAAAGGCAGCGAGUCACUAGCUGUGAGGUAUACGUACCUUGGGUAAAGGGCAGGGAUGCAGAUAAACAGAUCAUAAUUGAGAUGCUGCUUAAGGAUGAACCCGCUGCAACCAAUGUUUCUGUAGUUUCCAUCGUGGCCAUGGGUGGCAUGGGCAAGACUACUCUGGCAAAACUGGUGUACUAUGAUACUGCAGAGCCCAUAGCCAAUCAUUUUGCUCUGAAAGCCUGGGUUUCUGUAUCAAUUGAUUUUGAUAUAGUGGGAGUAACAAAGAAACUUCUCAACUCUCUUAUUUCUCAAAGCAGUAAUUCAGAGGACUUUCAUGAAAUUCAACGCCAGUUGAAGGAGGCAUUGAGGGGAAAAAGAUUUCUGAUAGUUUUGGACGAUUUGUGGGGAGACAUGCGUGAUAAAUGGGACGACCUACGCUCCCCUUUCUUGGAGGCAGCAUCAGGAAGCAAAAUCUUGGUCACCACUCGCGAUCGAGAUGUUGCAGAAUGGGUGGGGGGCCCCAACAACUUACAUGUCCUCAAACCCUUAUCUGAUGAUGACUGUUGGUCGGUAUUUCAAAUACAUGCUUUCGAACAUAUAAAUAUCCACGAGCACCCGAAUUUGGAAUCAAUUGGCAGGAAAAUUGUAGAGAAGUGUGGAGGUUUGCCCUUGGCGGCAAAAGCACUUGGUGGCCUUCUGCGUGCUGAACGAAGAGAACGUGAAUGGGAAAGAGUAUUAGAUAGCAAAAUAUGGGAUUUACGUGACAAGCGCAUCAUCCCUGCAUUGAGAUUGAGUUACAUUCAUCUCCCUUCACCUUUAAAGAGGUGUUUUGCUUAUUGCGCGAUAUUUCCCCAAGACUAUGAGUUUAUGAAGGAAGAGCUAAUCCCCUUAUGGAUGGCGGAGGGGCUAAUUGAAGAAUCAAAAGAUACUAGGAGAAAAGAAGAUCUUGGUGAUAAGUAUUUUUGUGAGCUAUUUUCAAGGUCAUUUUUCCAAUCGUCAAGUAGUAAUGGAUCACUGUUUGUGAUGCAUGACCUUCUUAACGAUCUAGCUAAAUAUGUUGCUGGAUAUACAUGCUUGCAUUUGGAUGAUGAGCUUAAGAAUAAUUUGCAACGUCUCAAUCCUGAAAGUACUCGCCAUUCAUCUUUCAUUUGUGAUUUUAAUUUUAAUGAUACCCUUAAAAAGUUUGAAAAGUUUGAAAGGUUUCAUAAGAAGGAGCACUUGCGCACAUUCAUAGCUAUACCAAGACAAAGAUUUGUUUAUGGUGGAUGCAUCACUAAUAAGGUGCUUCAAGAUUUGAUACCAAGAUUAGGAUACCUAAGGGUGCUCUCCUUGAGUGGUUCUCAGAUAAAUGAGAUACCAAAUGAAUUUGGCAAUUUGAAACUUCUAAGGUAUCUUAAUUUAUCUAAAACCGAUAUUAAAUAUUUACCUGAUUUAAUUGGCGGUUUUUACAAUCUUCAGACAUUGAUAUUAUCAAACUGUGAUAGGCUUACCAGGUUGCCUAUUAGCAUUGGGCACCUGAUUAACCUUCGACAUCUUGAUGUUAGUGGUGACCGCAACUUACGAGAAAUGCCUUCACAAAUUGGUCAAUUAAAAGAUUUGCAGGUAUUGUCUAAUUUCAUGGUGGGCAAAAACAAGGGUUUGAAUAUCAAAGAGUUGAGAGAAAUGUCAAAUCUUAGAGGUGAACUCCAUAUUUCAGAAUUGGAAAAUGUGCUGAAUGUUCAAGAUGUAAGGGUUGCCCGGCUAAAAUUAAAAGAUAACCUUGAAAGAUUGACACUAGCGUGGAGUUUUGACUCGGAUGGUUCAAGGAAUGGAAUGGAUCAAAUGAAUGUCCUUCACCAUUUAGAACCUCAAUCGAAUCUGAAUGAACUCAACAUUUAUUCAUAUGGUGGUCCAGAAUUCCCAGAUUGGAUAAGGAAUGGCUCAUUCUCUAAAAUGGCGGUUCUAAGUCUCAAAGAUUGCAAAAAGUGCACAUCUUUACCAUGCUUGGGGCAGUUACCAUCGCUUAAACGGUUGUGGAUUCAAGGAAUGGAUGGAGUAAAAAAUGUGGGUUCAGAGUUUUAUGGAGAGACGUGUCUUUCUGCAGAAAAGCUUUUCCCAUCACUAGAGUCUCUAUGGUUUGUAAAUAUGUCAGAAUGGGAGUAUUGGGAGGACUGGUCUUCCUCGAUAGAUUCCUCAUUCCCUUGCCUCCGUACGCUUACAAUUUAUAAUUGCCGUAAAUUGAUUAAGAAAAUACCCACUUACGUACCUUUGCUGACACGGCUCUAUGUUGACAACUGUCCAAAACUGGAGUCUACACUUUUAAGGCUACCAUCUCUCAAGGAAAUAGAAGUCACGAAAUGUAAUGAGGCGGUCUUGAGAAAUGGAACUGAGCUCACCUCAGUGACCUCACUCACCGAGUUAACAGUUUCUGGGAUUUUAGGGCUUAUCAAAUUGCAACAAGGAUUCGUGCGGUCAUUGUCAGGGCUUCAGGCUUUGAAAUUUUCAAGAUGCGAAGAGCUUACAUGUUUGUGGGAGGAUGGGUUUGAAUCGGAAAGCCUUCACUGCCAUCAACUUGUAUCCUUGGGAUGCAAUCUUCGGUCUUUAAAAAUAAAUAAAUGUGAUAAACUAGAGAGGCUUCCAAAUGGAUGGCAGAGUCUAACAUGCCUUGAAGAGUUGGAAAUCAUGGACUGUCCAAAGCUGGUGUCAUUUCCUGACGUAGGUUUCCCACCAAAGCUGAGAAGUCUUACUUUUGAAAAUUGUGAAGGUCUCAAGUGUCUACCUGAUGGGAUGAUGCGAAAUAGUAACACCAGCUGUAACUCAUGUGUCCUUGAAUCCUUGGAGAUAAAGCAGUGUUCAUCUCUCGUUAGCUUUCCAAAAGGGCAAUUACCCACCACCCUAAAGAAACUAACCAUACAGAGGUGUGAAAAUCUAAAGUCUCUUCCAGAAGGAAUGAUGCACUGCAAUUCCAUCGCCACCACCAACACCAUGGACACGUGUGCCCUUGAAUUCUUAUCUAUAGAGGGGUGUCCGUCUCUAAUUGGUUUUCCGAAAGGUAGGUUACCUACCACUCUCAAGGAACUCUACAUAAUGACGUGUGAAAGGCUAGAGUCUCUACCAGAGGGAAUAACGCACCACGAUUCCACCAAUGCUGCUGCUCUUCACAUCCUGAGAAUCUCUUCAUGUUCAUCUCUCACAUCCUUCCCAAGAGGGAAGUUUCCUUCCACCCUUGAGCAACUUUGGAUUCAGGAUUGUGAACAACUAGAGUCACUUUCAGAGGAGAUGCUUCACCCUACCAAUAAUUCACUUCAAUCUUUACACAUACGGGGGUAUCCUAAUCUCAAAGCCCUGCCAGAUUGCCUCAACACCCUUACAUAUCUAAGGAUUGAAGAUUUUAAAAAUCUGGAAUUGUUGCUUCCUCGAAUAAAAAACCUCACUCGUCUUACAGAGCUUUCCAUCCGUAAUUGUGAGAAUAUCAAGACCCCCCUAUCCCAAUGGGGCCUUUCCGGACUCACCUCUCUUAAAGACCUUUCCAUAGAAGGCAUGUUUCCAGAUGCAACUUCCUUUUCGAAUGACCCCCGCUUGAUUCUUCUUCCUACAACUCUCACCUCCCUUUCCAUUUCACGAUUCCAGAAUCUGGAAUCACUAACCUCCCUGUCUCUCCAAACCCUCACCUCUCUUGAACGGCUAGAGAUCGACAAUUGCCCGAAGCUCCGGUCAAUUUUGCCAAGGGAAGGACUGUUGCCUGACACCCUUUCAGAACUGCAUAUGUGGCGGUGCCCACAUCUACAACAAAGGUACUCGAAGGAGAAAGGAGUUGAUUGGCCCAAGAUUGCCCACAUCCCUUGUGUGGAUAUAAGACUAAAUCAUCUCUGAGCAAUAAAUAAGGUGCAUUUUUAGUGCUUAGAAUGUAAAAAGGAGAGAGAAGAUGAAUUCCCUUUAUAGAUGGAUGACAAACAGCUUCUUGGCAAGAUUAUCUUCAGCUACAUUAUGCUCAAAUGGGUUGCACAUCCUGUUGGAGCGACAAUGUCAACUAAGAUGUACAUUAUACAAAUAUUUGAACAUCUGAGAAGUAUCUGAAUCUGGAAACUACCAGUGUGCCUUUACAACCUUAGAAUUCCUCACAUAAGAAAAUGUGGAUCUCAAGUCCCUACCUCAUCAGAUUCAGAGUCUCACAUAUUUUCAACAGAUUCAGAGUUUCACAUCUCUUCACAUAAUCUCAGAAUUCUUCACAUUGUCCAAGUUCUAGACUUCUUUCAGAAAGCAAUGUCACAAAUACAAUUGCAAGGGUAUCAAGACACCCUAUCUUUGUGGACCCUCCAAAGGUACGCCACUCCCAAAACUCAGUUAAUUCAUUUUAUAUUGUGCAUAUUUAAAUGUAGUUUCCUUUUGACAACAUUUCUUGCUACAACUCUCAUUGAUCUUUCAAUAAAAAGAUUUUAGAAUUUGGAAUCCUUAGGCCCCUUCCUUGGCCUUCAAAAAUUCAUCUCUCUUCAACUUGUAGAGAAUAAAGAGUGCCCUGUUCUAGUCCUCCUUGCCAAGUGAAAGGCUAUCUGCUGAAUUUUGUUGAGUGUGUACUUCUAAAUCAAAGAUGUUUGAAGAAGAAUGAUGGAGAUUGGCCCCAGAUUGUCAUCUUCCCCUAAUGUGAGGAUAGAUCAUAAGCUCAUUUUUGAACCAUAUUAAGUUCAAAUUGCAAAAAUGGGUGUUGAGGCAAUUCAACCCUAUCAUAUCCUUACAUUCAAAAAGUGGUUCAGCUAUUUAUGAAAAUCUCCAUGGAGUUAUGUUGAAAGUUUGACUAGGAAGCAGGUUUUGUCAAUCUCUCUCAUGGUUCAAUUUGGAAAUUUGACAUGCAGGAAUGGGAUAAAAAAUGACAAGGAAAGGUCUUAUCUGACAUCAAUUACAAAUUAGCAUGGAUGCCUUCAUUUCAAUCUUCUACAACACAACAUGUUCUUAUGUCUCUUGGAAAGUUAAGAACCUUGUUUAAAAUUCGGAAUCAUUAGCAUGAAUUUUAUCCAAUGUACAAGCUUUUAGAUUUGAACAAUGUUUGAAGGGAAUGACACUUUUUGGCAUGUCCUACUAUCUUGAGUUGCACAAGUCAGAGGCUCAAAGAGCACAAACUCUUAUGACUGGAGGAAAGACAAUUGACUUCUCAUUCUAUGUAAGAGAUUGGAGAUAAGAUUACAACAUGAUCUCAUGUCCUUGGUAAUUUGUAGAUUGAGGGUUUUCAAAAGGCUUUGCCCCAAUACCAUUAAAAGACGAAGAGCUGCCACGAAAGCUACUAACAUUGGUACCUUGUAUCUCAAAGUUUCAUAGAGAGUUGAUAAUCGAAUUGGUGCCAAGACCUGGUCUUUUUCCCAAGAUAGCUGCAUAUCUUUUAAUCCUCUUUGGUGAGAAAAGAAUAAAGAAUAGGAACAAGUUGUCCCAUGAUGACUCACAUUCCUAAAGCUCGAGUUGAUAAUGUGCCUUACUCAUAUUGAACAGUGAGAAAUGUCAAAGACGUCCCUUAUCUGAAUUCCAGAAUCCAUGACUUCCCUACAUCACCAAGACCUUACCUAAGCUCCAGUGGUAUUUGGCAACUAAAGGAGAACCCUGUGAUUGUUUUAGAGCGAUACAUCAGACACAACUUCUAAAUCCAAUGAUGAGACAUCAGUUCAAGAUUGCCCACAUCUCCUAUUUGGAAAUAGAUGGAGAGAUUCAUCUUUGAUCCAUAAUAGUUUGGAUUCCAAAAAUGGAAGCACAUGGAGUUCACCCAAUUCUAUCCAUAUAUUCAGUGUACUGACAUGCCAAUUAGAUAUCUGGAAUUUAUAUGUUGUAAUGAAUGAGAAGCUACCAAGAGGGUGCACAACUUCAAGCCUCCUUGUGAGUUAAUAAUUGAUGGUUGAAUGCCCAAGACACAUCUUUUUUCUAGGGACAAGUUUUUCAUCCAAUGCAAGAAGGCUGACUGUUCAAAAUUGUACAUAGGGCUCUGCUGUUGUUACUUAUUGGAAUGAUUCACAAUUCAUGCAAUAACAAGUCUCUAGAAUUCUUUCAGAAUUCUAAAUACCCUCUCAUGUGUGUCCAAGAGGCCGGUUUCCUGCAAUAUUCCUAAUGAAGGUGGAGAUCCUAAGUUGCCAAAUUUGGGGUGUAGAAUAUAUGAAUGUUGUCAAAUGAAAAAGAAGAAUACUACUUCUCUUGAAUACUGAUUUAAAGGGUUUUCAAAAGCAUUUUCUCCAGUAUCAGUGGAGGAAGAUGAGCUGCCACCGAAACAACUAGCAGCUUUGAUUGAGUUGGUGUCUCAAGUCUCCCAAAGAACUCGCAAUUGAGUUGGUGCUCAAGACAGUCUACUUCCCCAAGAUAGGCUAGCUUCCUCCGGUGCUCUAAAAUGUGGAGAUUACAAGUUGCUAAAAUUUGUGCGUCUAUAUUAGAUGAAGAUUGGGUGAUUCACAAGAACAAUUACACAUCCCUUGGAUCAUGUAUGUUGCUCAGUCUCCACAUCAUGGAGACAUCAAUUAAGCUCCAUUUGUAUUUGGCAAGUGAAAUUAUAUAUGAGAGAUAGAACCCCUAAAUCCAAUGAUGAGAGAUGACCCAAAGAUAGCCCACACCUCCUAUGUGAAAACAGAUGGUGAGAUUCAUCUUUGGUCUAUAAUGGUUCACUACAAUAGCAGAAGCGAGGAGAUUCACCAAAUCCUAGUUUCAUACCAUUGAAAUUUCCUACAAGUGGAGCUAUUUGGUGAAUUUUGCACUUUCCUUUUUGUUAAAAAACUUCACUUGAGAGUAGAUUUUGACAGCAGUUACAAGCUUUAUGACUUCACAUUUACUAUUCAAUGUGUGUUUCUCUUGUUGAUCCCUCCCACAGUCGCAUGUAAGCAUCAGUAUUUCUGUCUCUCCCAACUCAAUGUUUCACACAACUUUAUCCUUUAACUGGAUGAGUUCAUUUAUGUUAAUAAGAUUUUCUUUUUGGUGAAUUGCUACAGGAUUCCUUCUAUGAUGGGUUAUUUAACUUCACUUUCAACAUAGCUUCUAGUUCAUUCAGGUGUGGUGAAAUUGGCAAUUGGAUAUCUACAAAUCAUAUAGUGCAAUAUAUAAGAAACCACCAAGAGGGCGCACAACCCUGAGUCUAUUAGAGAGAUGGUUGCAUGCCCUGGAAACAACUUGUUCCCAGGGACAGAUUUAUAUAUAUAUUUCGAGUUGUUAUUGAUUGGAAUGAUUCAAAAGUAGCAACGGGCCUCUAGGAUUCUUUCAGAUUCCUAAAUGCCCCAUUUUCAUGUCUUUCCAAGAAGCCAGCUUCCUGCAAUCCUAAUGAAGGUGGAGAUUCUGAGUUGCCUAAAUGAAUGUUGUCAAAAGAAAAAGUAGAACAUCACUUCUUGUGAAUACCGAUUUUGGGUGGUAGAGAAGGGAAUAAUGCACCACAACACGUUUCUUGUACAUCUUACAAUGAUGCUCUUCCACAAUGAUCAAAAGAAACAGAGUCAUCAAAACUAAGCAAUGACAUGAUUUUUCCUCAAGGAGGAAGGAGAAGGAAAGGAGAGGAAGCAAUCCAAUGCAAAGAUGCAUCAGAUUGCUGUGUCUUGAAAGGUGAUGAAGAGAUGGAGAACAUAAGUUGCUUCUUUUCGGUAACAUGAAGAAGUCGUGAAGGCAAGUUGUUUGGCUCGACCAAGAGAGGAAGAAACAGAGAAAAAGAACCCAAGGUUCAUCAGAGGAUACUAGUGUGACGUUACACCCUUGUAAAUUUAAACAAGCAACUCCUUUGAAAAAGGUUCACAUGAUAUAUCCAUGAGUGCUACACUUUUGUAAUUCAUUAAACUGUCAUGCCACAAACUGUGUGGAUCAAUGUAUUGUGCUAUUACAGUCAUCCAUAACUGCUUCCCAACUUUACAUGAUCAAA